GUUGAAUUUUUACCAAACUUUUCGCAUAUUGAAUACAUACUCGUUGCACACAUAAUGAAUCCAAUACAAACCAAGGAAAGUGGUGAAGAUAGUAUUAGUUUAAGAAAUGAGCAUGUACAAUUUUUUUUUGAAAAUAAUUUAGCUGAGAAGGAACUGUCUUCAAUAAGUUCACCUUAUAAAUCUGAAAUCAUUGAAGUAUCUGAUAAGGAUUCUUCUGAUGGAGAGAAUGAGAAAUCAGCAUUAAAAAUUUAUCACAUUAACGGGAAUAUGUCUAAAUCAACGUCAAUAAUUACACUUACAACUGUUAUCAAUUCACACAACCAUCUAAUGCCACCUGCACCAUCAAUAACAAUUUCAAACUAUCAUAAGUUAGGCGAAGAUAUGCUGGAAUUUAUAGAUUUAUGCGUAAUACAUGCUAUUGAUAAUUACAACCAUACUCGUCUGGUCGCUACUGCUUUAUUAGAGGAUGAAACUGAAGAGAGUUUUACCUGGGCUCUUAAUAUAAUAAAUAAGUGUACUGGUAAUUUGUCACCAUGGUCCCUCAAGUCUAACUACACAGUUGCUGCCGGCUAUAUCAAAUGUCAACUUGAGCCUUCCAAAAUGAAAUGGCCAAUUUGUUAUAUCAACAAUCAGUUUACCACGGAGGUGAAUAGUACACAACGUGUUGAAAGUUUUAAUAGAAAAAUCCAUGAUAGUAUCAGAGCGAAUUCUUCUUUGAUGACUCUUAUUAAGAAAAUUCAAGAUCUUCUCAAUCAAGAGUCUCAAUAUACUUCUGUUGAAGAAUAUAAACGUCAAAUACCAAUAGUUGGACUUGCUACUAUACCUAAAACUUUUUUUAAUUCGUUGAAUUCUAUUGUAAAUGAAUAUUUAACAGAGCUGGCAUCCAUUCACGUUCAUAAACAAAUGCAAGAAUGUUUUUUUUAUGAUGCUUAUAAGCUUAAUCUUUCUGAUUGGAACACAAUUGAAAAAAAAGUUAUUGAUGUUGCUAUUAACAGUAAUUCAUAUGACAAAUUAAUUGGAUUAUGUCAACAAUUUCUUACAAGAAAGCAAUUGGUGUUAAAUAAAGACAAUCAAUCUGAAAAUAUUCCAAUUACCAAUCCUAUUGUUUCAGCAAGAAGAAGAAGGCCUCCUGAUAGGGUGAAAAGUAGUGUUGAAGUUCAAGAUUCUAAUGCAAAAAAACAUCGCGGGUUGUCAAAUACUAAUACUAACAUCCAACCACCUGAUAAUAGAAA